CACUUGUUACUUCUUGUUCCAAAUGGUGUUAUAGGGGAUGGUUACACAAAUCAUGUUCCUCAACAAGAUAUUUAUGGCAUGUUAAAGAUUGUAGAUGGAGAGCCAAUAUAUGUCUCCUCAAAUUGCCUUCCAAUCAAGGCUUUUAAAUUCGAACCUGCUGGCCAUGCUUUUCACUCUGCUGCUCUUAGGCUUCUUGGUUGGUGUGAAGAAGAACAUGCAGAUAGUGACGAUCAGAAUCUGCCCAGUGAAAUGGGCCAGGCAUGUGUGCAGUCAUCCGAUUCAUACAGCACUAAAGGUAAAAGGAAAUCUGGUUCUGAAGGUAAGCUACAGGAUCAUUAUGCGUUACUGGGUUUGGGCCAUUUAAGAUAUCUUGCCACUGAGGAACAGAUAAGAAAGAGCUAUUGUGAGACUUCUUUAAAGCAUCAUCGGGACAAGCAGGCUGCACUUCUUCUUGCAGAAGAAACUGAAGCUGCAAAACAAGCAAAGAAAGAUGAAAUAGAGAGCCACUUCAAGGCCAUUCAAGAAGCAUAUGAGGUGUUGAUUGAUCCGGUGAGGAGAAGAAUUUAUGACUCUACAGAUGAGUUUGAUGAUGAAAUUCCCACCGACUGUGCGCCGCAGGACUUCUUCAAGGUAUUUGGACCAGCUUUUACAAGAAAUGGGCGCUGGUCAGUUAGCCAAACUGUCCCUUCUUUGGGAGAUGAGAGUACUCCACGUAAAGAAGUGGACAGUUUUUAUAACUUUUGGUACAGUUUUAAAAGCUGGAGGGAGUUCCCACAUGCUGAUGAGUUUGAUCUGGAGCAAGCUGAAUCCCGUGACCAUAAAAGAUGGAUGGAAAGGCAGAAUGCAAAGCUUUCAGAGAAAGCUAGGAAGGAGGGAUCCAUACGUGUACGUGCUCAGCUUUGA